AUAUAGUACAUGUUCUAUAAAAUGACACGUUCUACAUUUGUUUACUAUAAAGUGAACAGAAAAUAAACUGGGACGCUCCGGUAUUAAUACUACCUGACAUUUUUUCUAAGCGUAUUUAACUAUAUUUAUACUUCUAAUAUUGAGUGAUACUUUAAUUAAUUAUAAUAAAAUAAAAUGGCUACUUACAAAGUGUCUUAUUUCCAAGGAAAAGGUACUGGUGAAAUAAUUCGGCUGGUUUUAGUUGCUGCUGGAGAAAAAUUUGAAGAUGAGAGGCUUUCAAGAGACGACUGGCUGAAAGUUAAGCAAGAUUCUCCCACAAAACAGAUGCCUCUGCUCACGGUAUCGGGAAAAGUGUAUGGGCAGUCAGGGGCCUGCGCUAGAUACCUUGCAAAGAAAUUGGGUCUGUUUGGGAAAUCACCAGAACAAGAAUUACUAGUAGACGAAGCGUACGAAUGUGUCAUGGAUGUACAAAGAGAAUUUUUAAAAAUAUAUUUUGAAAAAGAUGACGCAAAAAAGGCUGAAAUUGUAAAAAAGGUACAAGAAGAAAAUCUGACGAGACUGAAUGAUUACCUCAAACUCAGAGCCGAAAAAAGCAAAUACAUUGUUGGAGACUCGAUGACACUCGCAGACUUACAGCUGUAUAAUCUAGUGGAUCAAUGCUCGGGUAUGGUACCAGGUGAAUUUUCAUCAUUCGCAGAAAUUCAGAAGCACGCUGAUGUUGUGAAAUCAGACUCAAAAAUAGCAGAAUGGACAAAGAAAUCACAACAAACGAAACAGUGAACGUAUCUAAGAUAUUGGAACAAAUUUACAUGAGAUUGAUAAAUAUACAUUAUUUUGAUUAUUCCGAUAUCUCCUUAACGACAUCAAAAUCUCAAUCAAUUUUUCAAUCUUUUUGCCAAACGAAAGAAAGUGAAUUACCUUUUUCUAUAAAACCGGAGGAUAUGACAUCAUUUUAAAAAGUUACAGUACUGUUAUAUUCUUUUACAUUUAUUUGUUUAUUUUUAGUUAUAGUAUGAAGUUAUUUUUUUUUUUGGUUUUAAAUUGAUAUUGUCGUGCGCAUCAUCAUCGUUGUAUUAGUUACACCCACUAUGAUUUUGUUCAAUAAAAAGUAUUGAAAACUAGUAAA